AUGACAGUUAUAUCAGAGGAUAUCCAUUGUAGUGGAACCCUGCUAAUACGAACGGGUGUAACCAAAGCCGAGCUGAAAUAUUCUGGCAUCGGCUACCAUAUAGCAUAUUUAAACGCAACGAAUCCGAACCUCAUAGUAUUGGAACGCAAAUUUCGGUUGAUGCAAGCUUAUAUCUACGUGGUCACCGCCAAUCUUCCAAAGAUAUCGAUUCUUAUACUGUAUCGUCGAUUAUUUACUCCUACGAUAUUACGACUUAUAAGUACUGCGAUGAUAUGGGUCCUCGCCAUCGUUAUCGUCGUCAAGAUUCUCCUCGUUUCCUUUGUAUGUCGACCAUUCGCUGCAAACUGGGAUCAGGAUAAUCCCGGUAGUAAAUGCUUGAAUAUGCAGUCUGUAUCUUCCUUGUCUACUCUACCAAAUAUUAUUACCGACGUCGUGAUGCUUCUUCUUCCCGUCCCGGUGAUAUGGUCCCUACACACAAAGCUUAUAACCAAGAUACAGUUGACAUUCACAUUUGCUCUUGGUAGCCUUGGUCUUAUCACUUCCAUCCUACGGUUCCAAUUCUUUUUUGUUACUCAAAGCUACGACGUGACAUGGUCUGCCAUCCACCGGAGCAUAUGGACUGAAGUUGAGCCAGCUGUGUAUCUAAUUUGUGCUUGUAUAAUCACAUACAAGCCUCUUUUCGACUGUUUUGGUAUAGGGGGGGUCAAGGAAGGUCUCUUCAAAUGGCUCACAGGCGCAGGGUAA